CUUUGUUUCGGUUUUCCUGCCCGGAAUGCUGUUCAAUUUUCAGCUGCUCGAUAGUGUUUUUCCGGCGCGGUCUAUUUCCCGAAAAUAUUUUUAAUGUUUAUCAGCCGGAGUUUUGCGCAUUAAUUAAUAUGAAAAAUAAACGGUGGGGCAUCGGUUUAAUCAUGUUCGGAGAAAGGCAAGCGGAAGAACCAUCGCCGCCUCCGGAACCGUUAAAAGAACCCAAAAUCGAUACGACAGAAACCACUAGGGCAUUAGGCGUCGAAAACUACGAAAAUCCUUUUUACAAAGACCAACCCAGCUCGAUUUUGUCGUCUCUAGGUAGCGUACUAGUCGUAAUCGGUACUGCUCUGGUAAUUUUCGCCGCUGCAAGGAACACUAUAACAUGGCACGCUCAAAAAUUCUGGGGCGCUUCCGGAGACUUUUGGCAAGCCCAAUGGGACAAGUUUCUGGACGUAGCUGGUGAAGAUCCCACGUACUUAUGGGUUUUUGGUUCCACUGCCAUCACUUUCGGUGUCUAUUGGCUCUUUGGUGGCAUCUACACUUUUUUAGACGUAACAAACAUGCCCAAAGUCAUUAGGAGAUAUAAAAUACAGCCCGGAACCAAUGAGCCUGUCGAUAGAACCAAACUUAUGAAGGUUAUAUGGUGUGUCCUAUUAAAUCAAAUAGCUGUUGGAAUACCAUCUUCUUAUUUGAUGUACUAUUCAAUGAAAUGGAGAGGGUUUCCAGGUAUAAGAGAGCUGCCAACCUUCCAUUGGGUACUAUAUGAAUUAGCCAUACAUAUUUUAGUAGAAGAAGCUGCCUUUUAUUAUUCUCACAGGUUCCUUCACAGCAAACAUAUCUACAAAUACAUCCACAAGCAGCACCACGAAUGGACCGCUCCCAUCGCCGUCACCGCCAUUUACUGCCACCCCGUCGAACACAUUUUUUCAAAUUUGGUUCCUCCGUUUUUAGGCGUAUUUAUUAUGGGUUCUCAUGUUGCGACGGCGUGGUUAUGGUUCACUUUGGCCAUUCUGAGCACGUUGAACGCCCAUUCCGGCUACCAUUUGCCGUUUUUUCCCAGUCCUGAGGCGCACGAUUUUCAUCAUUUGAAAUUCAAUAAUUGUUUUGGAGUAUUGGGCGUACUGGACAGGAUUCACGGUACCGACGCGGCAUUCAGACAAACACGGGCUUAUUUGAGACACAUAAUGAUGCUGAGUUUCAUCCCUCCUAGAGUGGCCAUUCCGGACACUCAGCUAACGAAAAUGAAGUACUGGAAAAUGCAGCAUGAAUCAAAGCAACAGUAAAUCGGGUAUUAUUUAUUUUUUUUUAUAUUUUUCCUAGAUAAAUUAACAAGUGUUCGUUCACAAAAUUUGCUCUAUAUCUCAAUAAUUAUGAAGUAGCUGUGAUAGAAUUGCAUUUUUUUGUUUUCUUCACUUAUUUUACAUAGGUAUUGAAAAAAAUGCUGCUUUUAAAGGAUUUGGAGCAGUAAGAAACAAGUGUGAUAGCAAACGCAAAUGAAAAGACUGGGUUGAGGGAUGUAAAUUUGUGUAAAAAAAAUUAUUAUACAGGGUUUUUAUGACAGCCUGAAGAGUUUUAUAUUAAAAGAGUUUUCUUUGCAGAGUUAAACUGAAAAUAAUCGAACAUUUGGGGCACUGCUUAAUACAUAUUAAAAUCAAUCACCACUUGAUAGAAUCAAAGCCACAACAAAAAAUAUAUUUUUCCAUGCAACAAUCUACAAUUAUUUUUAUUAUAUUAUAUUGAAAAUAUUUGUUUCUUAAUUAUUAGGUCUCUUAAAAAAAUUAAGUAUUAUUUUUUCCUUCCUAUAAAAAGCAUUGUAAAAAUUCAAACAGCGAAUUGACCAGCAACCAAAAAAAAAAUAACAUUAAGGAAAUUAUUAUAAGGAUUCUAGUCUUAAGGUAUAAAAGCUAUUAAAUCUCCUGAACGAGACCGGGAAUAAACUAAUAAGUAAUAAUAAUAAUUGUAAAAUGUGACUUCUAGCUAUUAUUGGCCUACCAUUAGAAAAGUUUGAAGGAAUUUUGUGUUUUAAAUAUUCUAUUUAACUCAACUGUACCUGUUUCCUCUUUAAAAACAUCUUCAAGUAUGUUUCAGAUAAGACUGCAAUUUUUAUUUUAUUUUUUUUGAAACACCAAAUUCACUCAACAGAGAGUGUUUUGUGUAAAUGAUUAAUGUAUAAAUAAUUAAUAUAAUAAAAAUAAAUUACACUCAA